UUUGAUAGAGACGCGGUUACGCUUUAGUGUAGUACUGUCGUUAGCAACGCGAGCCGUCGCGAUGGAAUUUUUAAGUUUCGAUGUUACGAAGAAAACGCUCGCGUUGCGGAGGGCGGAAGUUCCUGUGCCGGCACCCAAUGAAGUUCGUGUCAGGGUCGCCUAUUCCGGGAUCUGUGGGACCGAUCUUCAUAUAUUAGACGGAACGUUUCCGUGCAAGAAGGAAGGCCUUCUCACCCUCGGCCACGAAUUUUCCGGCACGAUCGACGCGGUUGGUUCCGCGGUGCGAAAUCUGAAAGUUGGUCAGAAAGUGGUGGUCGAUCCUAACAGUGGUUGUAAUCUCUGCGACUAUUGUCGCGUUGGAGAUUAUCAUUUCUGCGAGAACGGCGGUAUAAACAACACCGUAGGAAUCUUCAGAGAUGGCGGAUGGUCCACCCACGCUGUCGUUCCGGAAGGUCAGGUUUAUCUAUUGCCCGAGGGGGUUGGAAUGGCACAAGCUGCCCUUACCGAGCCACUCUCCUGUUUGGCUCACGGAUGGGACAAGAUCAAUCCCGUGAACGUGGGUCUUAACGUUCUCGUACUCGGCGCUGGGAUAAUUGGUCUUUUGUGGUCUUGUCUGUUGCAUUUACACGGUCUUCGGAAAACCGUCACGGUCAGCGAGCCCCAAGAAAAGCGACGAAACGCGGUGAAGAAACUUGGCUUGGACUACGGUGUAAAAAGUCCAACAGAAUUAAAAAGUGGAUUCGACUUGGUUGUGGACUGUAGCGGUUCAGGUCCAGCCAUGGAAGCGGCUGUACCAUUGUUAAACCGCGGUGGUCGUCUCUGCGUGUUCGGUGUGGCUAGUCCUAAAGCAAAAUUGACCAUCGAGCCAUUCCAGAUUUACAUGAAGGAGUUGAAGAUUGUAGGCGUAAACAUAAAUCCGUUUACAUUCCAUAAAGGAAUUGCUUUGUUGCAAGCAAUGGCCGAUACGUAUCUUAAUUACGAUAAGCUAUGCAUUAAGACUUAUUCUUUAUCCGAAUACCCUAAAGCGCUGGAAGCACUGAAGCGAGGUGAAAUCAGUAAAGCUGUUUUCAAAUUACAAUAAGAUUAUCAAACGAUUGUCAAAGAAAUAAUAAAAUAAAAUUUAUACAUUGA